GCCACUCUACAAUGAGAUAAGGGAAGCCUGCAAGAGGAAUUAUCACCCAAGCCAGGAAAUUGCAAUAGAUGAACGAAUGGUUGCCUCAAAAGCGCGCACUGGUCUCAAACAGUACAUGAAAAACAAGCCGACUCGUUGGGGAUACAAGCUCUUUGUCCUUGCAGAAUCCAAGAGUGGAUACACCUGGGACUUUUUUGUGUAUGAAGGGAAGAUGCAGGGAAGCAGUGGCAAGGGGCUCAGUUAUGAGUCUGUGAUGGACCUCGUAGACACUCGGUUGCUGGGCACUGGCUACAAACUGUUUGUGGACAAUUUUUACACAAGUCCAGCCCUUUUUCGCGACCUCCUUCAAAUGAGGAUCUGGGCAUGUGGAACCAUCCGCCCACAUGUAAUUGGAUUUCCAAAGACCAAAUUAAACACUCUAGACUCAAAAUCCCUCCGCGGAAGCAUGCGCUGGAUCAGAAAAGACUCACUCCUGUUUGUCCAGUGGCGAGAUACGAGGGAUGUCUAUAUGUGUUCAUCACUCCACACGGCCCAUGCAGGUGAUACAGUCUGCAGGAGGGUCAAGGGUGCAGAUGGGCAGUGGGCAGUGAAGGAAAUCUGUGUUCCUCCAGCUGUAAAGGAUUACAACAGAUGCAUGGGAGGAGUGGACCUCUCUGAUGCUUUGAUUGGGUACUACACAGUGCUACACAAGACGCAGAGAUGGUACAAGACAUUCUUCUACCACUUCAUGGACAUUGCCAUUGUGAACGCCUACCUGCUUCAUAAAGCAAUUGCUUUGGUCAAGGGAGAAACACCAAUGAAUCAGAAGGCGUUCAGAGAGACCCUUGUGGAGGAGUUGGCUGAGGCGGGGUCCCCGUCCACACCUGUACCACCUCCUGCUCCGCGUAGACGAAGCCACUUACCGGUCUAUAUCAGCGGGCACAGCACUGAGGGUCGUCUGAGGUGCAAGCACUGUCAAAUGAAGACACCAACAAAGUGCCGCACCUGUGAUGUGCCGCUGUGCUUUGUACUGAAACGAAACUGUUACACAGACUGGCAUGACCAAAAUAACUUGUAGGGAUUCCUCGUGUGUAUAUUUAUAUAUACUGUAUUUACAUAUAUAUAUCCCUUCUUUU